GCAAGUUCUAAGCAAUAAAUACCAAAACAAUAAAACAGAAACCGAAAUCGAAAUCGAAACCGAAACAAAAGCGAUAUAAAAGCAAAUUUUGAACCGGAACACAGCGAGUACCAGAAGCGCAAACACAGCGAGUGUCAGCAGCAGAAAAAGAACGAGUACCAAAAGCUGAAAACAGAACGAGAACGAGUUUCUUUAUGCAGGAACAAUCGUAAGGAUAUACCCGAACAAGCUAGAGAGAGAGAGAAACUAAAAGAUCGCUCGAAACCAUGCUGAGUUCUUUAGAUGCUUUGGCUGGUAAGAUAGCCACCGCCACGCCUGGAACGGGUGCCGUCACGGCGCCCAGUGCUGGUGGUAACAGCAAGCCGGCCCAGAGUCUGCACCAUCAUCAUCAUCAUCUGGACUACGACUAUUCGGCGGUGGAGAUUGAACCGCCCGCCGAGCAGCUGGCCAAUUCGCCGCGUAACGAGCGAGAGAGAUUGCAACAGGCGCAGCAGUCGUACGAGCAGCAGGCCCAGGCCGAGCUGGAGUUUGGCCUGGCCGAGGUCACCAGUUGCCACAAGCUAACCCAAUUGAAGAGCGCUACCAGUCUGCAUCACCCGCAUUCGCAGGGCCAGCAGCAGCAGCAGCCGCAACAGCAGCAACAGCAACAACAGCAUACUGCCAGCAAUCAAGGCGGCAGGACAAUGACACAGAGUCGUCAUCCGCAUCAUCAUCAUUUGAACCAUCAUCAUGCGCCGCACCAUCAUCCCUAUCAGCGGCAUCGCCCCAGCUCGCCGCCACAGACGCCAUAUCAGCAGCAAUUGUCCCAGCUAGUGGCCCUGCAAGAUCAUCAUGAGCUGCUCCAGUCCCAGCAGGAGCUCUUCCACAAGCAGCUGGCCAAUAUGCAGGAGUACCAGCGAGAGCGAGAGCGCGAAAGGGAGCGAGAACGUGAUAGGGAACACAGGGAACGGAACAAUUUCAUCGAUAACAGCGAUUACGAUUCCCAGCAUGAGUUCAAAAUUUGCCUGAGGGAUAGUGCAUUUGGUAUGAGCGAUAAGAGUAGCAGUGCUACGAAUAGCCUGCCCAACAGUCCCAUUCACAGCAACAACAAUAAUCCAUCUCUGCUCAACAACAACAAUAACGGCGUGAACGGCAACAACAAUCAGAGCCUGGGUGGCAGCAACAAUUCGCUGGUCGGCGGCAUCGGCAACAACGGUAUUAUGUCUGCGGCAGGGCUCGUGAACAACAACAAUAAUCCGUGCAGUGCCAAUCGGAAUGUCGUCGUGAGCAUGGACGAUGAUUCGUGCUUCCGCCUGGAUGCCGAUGCCACGGUCACCUACAGCGACAAGGAGCCCGAUCCGGAUAACAUCAAGAUGUUCGUGGGCCAAAUACCCAAGUCCAUGGACGAGUCGCAGUUGCGUGAAAUGUUCGAGGAGUACGGACCGGUGCAUUCGAUCAAUGUGCUGCGCGACAAGGCCACUGGCAUUAGCAAGGGUUGCUGCUUUGUGACGUUCUUUACGCGACGUGCCGCACUGAAGGCCCAGGAUGCUUUGCAUAAUGUGAAGACACUCGCCGGGAUGUAUCAUCCCAUUCAAAUGAAGCCCGCCGAUAGUGAGAAUCGCAAUGAACGCAAACUGUUUGUGGGCAUGCUAAACAAGAAGCUGAACGAGAACGACGUGCGUAAACUAUUCGAAGUCCACGGCAACAUUGAGGAGUGCACUGUAUUGAGAGAUCAGAACGGCCAGAGCAAGGGUUGUGCCUUUGUCACAUUCGCCACCAAGCACGCCGCCAUUUCGGCCAUUAAAGUGACCCUAAGCCAAAACAAAAUCAUGGAGGGCUGCACAUCGCCGCUGGUCGUCAAGUUUGCCGACACCCAAAAGGAAAAGGAACAGAAGAAGAUCCAGCAGAUCCAGGCGAAUCUCUGGAACCUGGCCAGCAAUAUCAACAUCCCCUUGGGACAGACGGCCCAGAGUGUGUCCACACCGAUACUGCCGAACCCACCGCAGCAGCAGUCGCCCGUUCUGGGCGCCGAUGCACUGACACCGGCCUCCAUACAAUUGCUGCAACAGUUGCAGGCCGUGGGCCUGCAGCAGCAGUUGCUGCAAGCCCUCACCGGACUGAAUGCCCAGCAAAACAAUGCAAAUCAGGACAGUGCCGCUGCUGCCGCCGCCGCCGGACUCCUGACUCCGAUGACUGUGCAGAAUCUGGCCGCCAUUGCGGCCAUGACGCAGCCGAGUCUGACGAAUGCCGCAGCAGCCGCUGCCGCUGCCUCAUCGCCGGGCAGUGCCCAACUGCAGAAUACAGCGGCGUUGCUUUGGUCCGAUCCGAAUCCAUUGGCAUCGGCGUAUAUGUCAACAGCCGCCGGCUUGCCGCAAUUUGGGAGCGCCAGUGCAUUGUCCACAUCGCCGCUGGCCAGUGUGGCCCUGAGCGCCGCAGCAGCCGCUGCUGCGGGCAAGCAGAUUGAAGGACCAGAGGGAUGCAACUUAUUCAUUUACCAUUUGCCGCAGGAGUUCACCGACACGGAUCUGGCCUCGACAUUCCUGCCCUUCGGCAAUGUCAUAUCGGCCAAGGUGUUCAUCGAUAAGCAGACCAGUCUAUCGAAGUGCUUCGGCUUCGUCUCGUUCGAUAAUCCGGACUCGGCCCAGGUGGCCAUCAAGGCCAUGAACGGCUUCCAGGUGGGCACAAAGCGCUUGAAGGUGCAGCUCAAGAAGCCCAAGGAUGCCUCCAAGCCCUACUAGACAGGAGUCGGAUCAACGGAGUAGUCAACAUCAUAGAAGUAAACAGAAAGAAGAGAAAAAAAAAACGGAAAAGAAGAAAGAAAUACAAAGAUUUGUCGAAUGGAGUAGUCACUGAAUGAGAGUUGCCCGUGUAGAGCGCGCGCAUCAACGCAAAAGUAUACCGAAAAGAUGCAAAUGCCAACGUUGUACGUAUAUGAAAAGAAAUCACAAACAAACAAACAAACAAACAAAAAAAGACAUGAAAUCCGUGCCAAAUAGAGACAGCAACACUUGUGUAUAAAUAAGCACGUUAAAUGUUUGAAGUAGAAACGAAAAACAAACAAAAAAUCAAAAAAACUGAAAGAAAACCAAGAAUAUAUAUAUAACUAUUAGUCCGUAGUUUAGUUUACUUUUUUGUUGAAGUACUCUUUCCCCCGCACACCCCCCACACCCCCAACACACCCAUCUUUUACGACUCUUUUUUCUAUUUUUUUUUAAACUGUCGUACGAGCUGGUUAAACCAACACUUUUUUUAAAUUAAAUAUUUUGUACACAUUUUCAUGACAAAACAAAAAAAAAAACAAAAAAAUACAAAAAAAAACACACACAAGAUCUGUUCAGAGUAUUAGUUUGUAAGUUAUUUUGAUAUUUCCGAUACGAUAAUUUUAUAUAUAUAUAAUAUGCAGUUUACUAUCUGUUUGAUUUGUUCAUCGCUCAUGUUUCAAGUCGCAAUGAAGUUCUUUAACAUAAAAUAUAUAUACUAAAGAUGGUAUAUAUACUAGCUGUA